AGUUUGUAUCAUGUCUUGGUACCUUAAUGGCACUAGAUUUUUUUAAGGUUCUCUUGGUGGUAGAUUCUGAGUGGAUGAAACUCUUUGUGCAGUACUAUACAUUGGUCUUUAGAGGUUGAAAUUUUCCUGGGAUUUAUCAGGUUCAACUAAUUUCUGUUUUCAGAUCAAAAGAUGUUUUGGAGGAAGUUGAACUCACCAGUAAAGAGUUGCUGGCCAUUCCAUGAGUUAGUUCCUGGCCUCAGCUGAGCAGAGUGGAGGAUGUGGACCAUCUGAGUUUCUCUGGAUGAACUUGCCAGUGGUAUGGAUAGUACCAGCAACUUUGUAGUUGAAAGAGUUUUCAUGGCCCAGAACAGCGGACCUGAACCAUAAAGAGAAAGGCUGAAGAAAUGUCAACUAUUGGAAGUUUUGAGGGUUUCCAGCCUGUGUCACUGAAGCAAGAGGGAGAAGACCCACCAUCUGAGACAGAGCACCUGUCUGUGGAGGAAGAGGACCCAGGCAAUGGCCAAAUGCCUAGGCAGAUUUCACGACAGUCAAGUGAGAUUAAAGCAACACUUUACCCCAAUCCUUAUCACAAGCUAUACAUCUCAAGGACAUACUUCGUCACACGGCCUGGGGCCAUAGAAACGGCCAUGGAAGACUUGAAAGGCCACAUAUCAGAGGUUGCUGGAGAGACCAUCCAAGGCUUCUGGCUCUUGACACAGAUAGACCACUGGAACAAUGAGAAGGAGAGAAUUUUGCUGGUUACAGACAAGACUCUGUUCAUCUGCAAGUACGAUUUCAUCAUGCUCAGCUGUGUGCAGCGGCAGCAGAUUCCCCUGAGUGCCAUCCAUCGUAUCUGCCUCGGCAAGUUUGCCUUCCCGAAGAUGUCACUGGACAAGAGACCUGGAGAAGGCAUUAGGAUCUACUGGGGAAGUUCAGAGGAGCAGUCCCUGUUGUCACGCUGGAACCCAUGGUCCACAGAAGUUCCUUAUGCUACCUUCACUGAGCACCCAAUGAUAUACACCAGUGAGAAGUUCCUCAAAAUUUGCAAGUUGACUGGGUUCAUGUCUAAGCUUGUUCCAGCGAUCCAGAAUGCCCAAAAGAAUUCCAGAGGAUCUGGAAGAGAAAAGGAACUGACAGUGUUAACUCAACCCAUUUUGAUUGAGACCUACACGGGGCUAAUGUCAUUUAUUGGAAACCGCAACAAACUCGGCUAUUCCCUCGCUCGUGGGAGUAUUGGUUUUUGAGCCCCCCCUUUUUUUUUCUUAGUAUAUACAUGCAUCAUACAUAGAUAUUCCACUAUUGAAGGUGUUUGUUUCAGUCUGCUAUGUUUUUGCACUGAAACAGUUCGUUACAUUUGAGGAGUCCUACAGGACUUUGAAUAUAUUUAGUGUCUCAGGAAAUCUGAACGCUUGAUUAGGCUGGUAGAUCCGCAUUUCAGGUCUCACACGAGAAUAAUCAAUUUUCCUUAGAAACAGAAAAUAAACACUGCUGAGCUCAUCAAAUUAUGUCUUCAAAUGAGUUUCUGAUCGUAAACUCGAGAAACACGUGGUAGGUUCUUGCUUCUCCCGGUCUUUAAAUGCAGACAUUUUCCAGGUCGUGGUCUUUAGCCCUCUGAUCCUGAUUUAUUUGCUCAUUAGCUUCUCAUUGUCUCUGUAGUUUUAGCUACUACUUUUAUGCCUAUGACUUUCAGAUACAUAAACCCAUUCCCAACAUUACUUCCAAGAUUCAGUUUUGCAAUUUUGUCCGACAAUCAUCCAUAUGUUAGAGUUUCAAAAACCUCUCAGAUUCAGAAUCUCCAAAAUCCUACAGCUCUUUGUGACAUGUUUAUAGUCUCCUUCAUCCAUUCCUGAAGUCCAUCAUUUCUGAUUUGUCAAAACUCCUUGCCAAAUAUAUCCCACAUAGUACCAUAAUGGUAUGAAGCUUAACAUUGUACCCUGGUAUAGCUGACCUCUAGAAUAGCUCGCCAAAGGCUCAUGUGCUCAGAGAUGAGACUUUUGGAAGGCCAUUGGAUUAUGAGAGCACCGUAGCUGACUUGCUGUUAAGAGGAGAAACCUGGUAAAAGCGGGUCUUGGAGGAGAUGACCCAAGGGUAUAUCUCCCUCUCCAGCUCCUCCCUUCCCUCUGUUUGCUUCCUGGCCACCAUACUGUGAGCAGUUUUUUGUCUACCAUAUCUCUCUGCUAUGGCUUUUUUGCCUUGGAGCUACAUGACCAUGGGCUGAGACAAUGAACCAAAAUAAACCUCUCUUCUUUUAAA